GAAACAACCCAUUAAAAAAAUUGAAUAAGAAACACAGGUGAACUAUCUAUCACAAAAAAUCAAAACCUGGUUUUACCAUGAACAGUGGAGUUCUCUUGUUUUUGACCCUUGUCUACCUGUGUUUUACAAGGUAAUUAAAGCAAAUAGCUAGGUCUUGUUUAUUUCCACGUGCAAUGAUGACUCGUAAGGGUUGAUUUUUUUCCACUAGCACUAAAGUUUGGGCUGGUCAUUGCUGAUGUUGUAUAUACAUACCAUAUUGUUUGGUCACGAGAGUCAACAGCUAGUCAAUAUGGAGGAAAUAUCUACUGACUUAAAUUGAUAUUUUGAGAAUCAUUAGUUAGACAUCUCAAUCAAUUUAAUCAAAGGAUUUACUGGAUUUUGUUAAUUGUGUAUUUUCAAAUUGAAUACGGGCACUGGUAUGGACUGAAGGAUCAAGUCAAGGUCAAAGGUCAUGAAGCCAAAGAGAGGCAGCGGGCCCAAGUGUGCCGAGGAGAAACCCCUUAGGCCCUUGAAGGAGGAGCGGCCCCUUAGAUCAUUCAAUAGUCAGGUGGCGAGGGAGGAAUUAAGCGAUGUAUGGAAUGCUGAGACAGAUUCGGACGAUGAACUGUCAUCUUGGGAUGAAGAUGUGGAGUACAGGUCUUACACAGUGAAGAAGAGACAGAGUGGACAGCAGAGGAUCCUACAGAAGUCCUUCAUCCUAUUGCUGGCCCUGGCUGUGGUCAUCAUUGCGGUGUUAGCCGGGGUUAUUGUAUGGCAGUACUUCCAAAAGUCAGCAACUGAUCAGGUAUGUUACAGUCCAGAGUGUGUACAGGCCAGUGCUUACAUUCUUGGUAAGAUGGAUCGGACCGUGGACCCCUGUCAGGAUUUCUACCGCUACACCUGCGGGAACUGGAUGAAGACGACCAAGAUCCCAUCCUCACGAUCCCAUUACAACAUCUUCUCAGAGAUUGAUGAUCAGAACAAACAGAAAAUCAGAGCUAUUUUGGAGAAGAGCAAUGCAAUGAUAAAGAAAAACCAGUCCAGUGCUGUAGAGAAAGCAAUAAUGUAUUACCAUACAUGUAUGGAUGAAGACACUGUAGAGAAACAGGGAGUGGAUCCAAUUAUAAAGUUUAUCAAAGACCUUCAUUCUUGGCCUUUGACCUCGGCCCAUGGCUUGACCUGGACUGAGGCAUCGUGGGAUUUCCUCCAGGCCCUCACAGCCAAUCACCUCAAUGGGUUCUCAGCACUGUUUAGUAUGAGUGUCUCCGUGGACGACAAGAACAGCAGUCGGUACAUCAUAGCGUUUGAACAGAGUGGUCUGUCCCUGGCUUCUCGGGAGGAAUAUUUCAGUAACCAUUCCAAUUACAAGAAGAUAAAGAACGGCUUAAUUGAGUUUGGGGGCAAAAUAGGAGAGUUGUUAGGGGGAGAUAACUCCACAGUAUGGUCAGGGAUGUCUGAUAUCUACAACCUAGAAUCUCAGCUGGCACAGAUCCAUGUCCCUCAAGAGGAGUUGCUGGAUCCUGCAAAGACGUAUCAUAAGAUGAAGGUGUCUGAACUCCAAGACCUGAUUGGAUCAGCAAAGUUGGACCUGAGGCAAUACCUGAGACAGGUGUUUGGUCGAGAUCUGGGGGACACCUCUAUUCUUGUGUACACGCCCAAGUACUUCAGGGAGCUCGGAGGGGUGCUGAAUAAAACCUCAAAAAGAGUGCUUGCCAACUACAUUGUGUGGAAUGCAAUCAAUGCCCAAGUGGGUUACUUCCCUUCCAAGUUUAUCGAGGCCAGCUUUCUUCUAAGUAAGGUUGAGAGUGGCAUCGCGUCGGUAGACCCGCGGUGGCAACGCUGUGUCAGCAAGGUCAACAGUGCGUUUGGAUACGCCAGCAGUGCCCUCUAUGUGAUUAACCAUUUUGCCAAAGAGAGUAGAUCCAAGGUAUUAGAUAUAGUGAAGGAGAUAGAGGAUGCAUUUAUCAAGGGAAUUCCCCUUGUGUCAUGGAUGGAUGACAAAACCAGGGAAACUGCCAUAGAGAAGGUCCGGAAAAUUGUCCAGAUGAUUGGCUAUCCGGACUGGAUCCUGGACUCUGUUCAGCUGGAUAAAUACUAUGAAAAUGUGACCCUUGUGACUGGGGAGUUCCUGGUGAGUCAUCUGAACAUCAGAAGAGAGUCUGUGUUGAGGAACCACAACAAGUUGGGGACUGUUCCUGAUAGACAAGAGUGGCACAUGAUGCCGGUAGAGACCAAUGCCUACUACUCACAAUCCAACAACCAGAUAGUGUUCCCUGCUGGCAUACUACAGAGACCGUUCUUCACCCCCUCAUUUCCCAUGUCUUUUAAUUUUGGAACAACAGGGAUGAUCAUAGGUCAUGAAAUGACUCAUGGAUUUGAUAACAAAGGUCGGCACUAUGACAAAUAUGGUAACCUUAACAACUGGUGGACUGACCAAUCAGCAACCAGCUUUCAAAGCAAGACUUCCUGUAUGGUUAGACAAUACUCAAACUACACUGCAGAAAAUACUCAUCUGAAAGGAGAGCGUGUUUUGGGGGAGAAUAUUGCUGAUAAUGGAGGCCUUAAGACAGCAUACAUGGCCUACAGACACUGGGUCAAAUCAAAAGACUCAAAUGAGGUCAAGGACCUUCCUGGACUGACCUUGACCCAAGAACAACUGUUCUUUGUUGGAUUUGGGCAGCUCUGGUGUUCCUAUUACACUCCCCAGUACACAAAGCAGGCCAUUCUAACAGACGAACACACCAUCAGCAAGUUCAGAACAAUUGGUGUUGUGUCCAAUUCUGGGGACUUUGCACGAGCAUUCCAGUGUGCCCCUAAUACUCCAAUGAAUCCCCAGAUAAAGUGUCAAGUCUGGUGAAGAUAGGACUUCAUUCCAACUUACUUGUCUGUGAUCAUAAAUUUUUGACCAAUGUCUGGUGACCAUAAAACUUGGAACAGAUCACGUACUUAUCUCUUCUCAAUGAUAUAUUCCUUACAUAAUAUUGAGACUAAGAGAUCAUCUACGUAGUAUUGCCCUUGGACCAGGGUAUAAGAAAUGUUAGUUCUGUAAACAAGCCUGACAAAAUUAUUUUGGAAUAAAAAUGCAAAAGAAGUUAAGAGCAUAGUGAACAUUUACAGAGUUGACCAUCUUCAGAGACAUUUAUACUGUGAUGAACUACUGGGUAGUCUCAUUUUGUGAACUGAAUCCUUACUCAAGUUUUGUGUUCUUAUUGUAAGCAUGAUUUUUUUUUUUAAAUUAUCCAAUUUGAUUAUGUUUAUAUAUGUACUAAUGUGAUACAAUGUAAUUGACUCAAAGAGGAAUUCAAAUCUCACUAGAACGUGUUUUAUUCUGUUGAAGUAUUUUGCGAGUGUUUCAUAAGGUGACCUUUAAUAUCUCCAUUUAAAACAAUACUCUUGAUUCUUGCACUUAUAUGCAAACCUUUUUUUACUUUUCUUGCACCAAAAGUAUCAAGAGCUGCACACAAUUAUAUAAAGUUCAACUAAAUACAAAGAUUUUAUGGAAGGGCUUUGAUUUGUGCUGAAGUUUUGCCAGUAUACAUGUAGUUAAGCACUACCCUUACUAGAGCAUGGUUGUGGAACCUUCUAUUAGUGUACAAUAAUGUCACAUUUACAGAGCUUGUGACUUUAAUAUUUAUUUUUGUACUUAUUUAAUUCAAGCAUUCCUUUUUUUCACUAAUUGUAUUUUAUUUUGAAUACAUUCCAUUUUUCCACAGAAGCUGGCGCAUAUUCUGGAUUCCAUUAUUAAAAUUUUUGUUAAAUAAAUAUUUUGUUUAAUUGCAGACCACUCGUCCUGCAUUUUAUAUAUAUUGUCUGGUGUGGUUGUGUAUAUGUGUGUGGUUGUGUGUGUGUGGAGUGUGUAUGUGUGCAGUUAUGUGUGUGGAGUGUGUAUGUGUGUGGUUAUGUGUGUGGAGUGCAUAUAUAUAUUCUCCACUUUAGUUUCAAAGAUUAUGUCAUUCAAGUUUCAAUGAAAAGGUUAUUUUGGAAACUUGUCUUUCCUUCUUUACAUGUAGAAAUCAAGAGAUGAAUUAUAUAGUGAACAAAGAAAGAGCUUUAGUUACACAUACAUGUACAGCGUAGAAACAACAAUCUUUGGAUCAAACUGCCUAAAAGCCUUACAUAAAGUGUAUUUGUUUGAAUUUUAUUAUAUAAUGAAUAUAUAGAAGAGGGUCAAUGUUUUGGGUUUAGUUUUUCCUCAUAUCAUAUUCAUGGUUUUAUUGUCGAUAAAAAUACUGAGAAUGGUAGUACAUGUAACUUACACAAUUGAUUUUUUUGUUGGUAGUGUAAAUGCUAUUUUAUGAAAAAAAGUUAAUAUAUAACAUAUACGUAUAUAUAGGAAAACAUGUUUUUUUUAAUUAAGAUAAAUUUUAUUUACAUAGCAUGCAUUGAAAUGAUUUUCCUUAGUUGGAAUUGCCAUUUUCAUAUUUUAAUAGUGAACAAACGACUUAAGGCCUCUGUGAAUUAUCAAAGAGAAAAAAAGAGGGAUGUAUAUCUUGUAAUAUUGUUAACUAUACAUUUUAUUUAAUUGACUCGUGGAAAUGAUUUUGUUUAGUUAUGUUAAGUUGACUGUUAACUAAAUUGUAAUAAAAAAGAAUAAAAUGG